AUGGCAGACAGACAACGUCAACAGAAUCAAGAUGAUCCUCAACAAAACGAAGAAGAUAAUCAAUUUCAAGAAUUCGUUCAACAUAUUAUAAAGGGAAUUAAAUAUCUAAUUCCAGAAAAUAUGUCUCCAGAUUUACAAGCUUCUAUAUUUAAAAGUCCGAUUGACUAUACAUUAGGGAUGGG